AGUAUCUCGUGAAGAAAUACAGCUGCGAGACAGCUGCAUUAGAUUUCUUUGGGGAAAAUUUAUCACUCGAAUAUCGAACCUCUGCAAAAGAAAAUUUUCCCAAAAGGACUUCUUGUUCUUCUUUCUGGACACCGUGCGCCAAACAUGGCGGAGAAAUCCUCUACUACCACCGCAGCAGCCCGCGGAGCUCCUGGCUCGACAAACCCCAGAGGCAUUCCGGUAGCUCCCUUUGUCGACCGUGUCGAAGACUAUGUCUCGUCCCGCGCAGAAGUCGAAUCCACGCUCAAAAGCUUCCAAGAAAUGAUAGGGAAAUACCAAUUCAUGGAAAUCAGCACACAGAAACGAGCUCUGGGGCUGAAAGAGAAGAUCCCAGACAUUGCCAAAACAGCCGAGACUGUAAAAUUCCUCAAGACAAGAGAGCCCGGAUCCGACCCUAUAGAAACAACUUUCGAGCUCAACGAUACCCUUUACACCAAGGCUUCAAUACCUCCGACAGACGAGGUCUAUCUAUGGCUAGGAGCCAACGUGAUGCUUGCAUACCCGAUAGAUGAAGCCCUAGAAUUGCUCCAAGGACGACUGAGCGCCGCUCGACAGAAUCUCGCCAAUUGCGAGGAGGAUCUCGAUUUCCUGCGGGAGCAAAUAACGACACUCGAAGUCGCCACUGCUCGUGUAUACAAUUGGGACGUCACUCAGCGACGAAAAGACAAGUCCGAAGCCGAGGCUGCCGGCGAGACAAAAGACGAAAAAGACGAAGACGACAAGUCAUAACGAAGCUUACGAGGGGAGAGAAGGUUGUAUGCAGAAGCAAAAGAGCAAUAAUAGCAUAGUACAAUUGAUGAAUCAUAAAAAUACGAUUGUCCGCCAUAGAAAUAUGGAAU